AUGGCCGCCAACUUGACCGACUUCACCCUCCACUACACCCCAAUGGUCAUGGAAGCAAACAAUGCAUCCCGCCGCAACUCGAGGGACUUUGAGCAUCACAGCAAUUCAGCCUCCUCUACACCAUCUUCGUCCCGGUCUACUUCUCCCGCUCCAGCUCAUCGACAGAAAAUGAGCAAGGCAGCCGAAAAGAGAUCAAGUUCCGCGGCUCGUGCUUCUUACUUUGCCAACCGUUAA